ACUCAUUUGAUGCGAGUGGGGCGCAGCGUGAGCACCACACACGCGGGGUGGACGAGAGCGCGUUCUUCCUUCAGACCUUCUGGCUACAAUUUCCUCUCUCUCAGUCUGCUCCUGCCCGCGCCAGGGAUCGCUCCGCUCCAGUUUGGUGCCGCUGUCGUCAAAAGUUUAAGUAGUGGGUAAAAGAUAAAAAAAGGUUCAACGCGGAGAGGAGCGCACGGGAGUAACAGGAGACACGAGAGGCAGUGGGAAAAGGAAGAAAACAUAAACAACACGCUUCGUUUUUGAUACUGUUACCACGGAAACGACUGGAGAGCGAGCGCAGUCGAGUUUGGACGCGGUGAACGGAGAAGGUGCGCGGAGGAUUACGCAGAGCGGCUCGCGGAUGGUGGUGGAUUUUAGCGAAGAGGAGUCGCUGCCUCUGUGCAAGUCUCAGAUGAAGAUGAAGUCUGCGGGCGUGGUGGAUGGAGGCUUGUUCACAGAGAGCUACUGUAACAUCUGCAACGCCCAGCUCAUCUCAGAGUCCCAGCGCACCGCACACUACGAGAGUAAGAAGCAUGCCAAUAAAGUGCGCUUGUUCUACAUGCUUCACCCUGAGGAUGGAGGACCUCCAUCCAAAAGGCUGAGACCAGACAACCCUGACUGCGCAGAAACUGAAGUGGACCGGAACAAGUGCUGCACGCUGUGUAACAUGUUCUUCACCUCCGCCAUUGUGGCCCAGUCGCACUAUCAGGGCAAGACACACGCUAAGAGAGUCCGCUUGGUCCUGGGGGAGCCGCCUGCAGCACUCAACAGCCCCACAAACACAGACUCUUCGCCACCUACUCCACUGCCCACAGACCCAAAUUUAUGCCCCAACCCUGCCCCCACGUUGCCUUGGCCCGUGACUGUGGUUGGGGCGAACGGCGGGAGAGAGGCGGGGAAGUACUGCUGCUUAUGUGGAGCCUGGUUCAAUAAUCCGCUGAUGGCACAACAACAUUACGAGGGCAAGAAACACAGAAGGAACGCCGCCCGGGCACGCCUCCUGGAGCAGUUAGCUGGCAGUCUGGAUGCCACGGAGAGCACAGGGUUACGCAGUAGCUACUCUUGCAAUGUCUGCAGUGUCGUCCUCAACUCUAUUGAGCAGUACCACGCACACCUCCAGGGCUCCAAGCACCAAAACAACCUGAAGCAGCACCAGCAGUGAGCCUCGGAGUCGGCCAUCGAUGAUGCAGGGAAUGAGACCACAGAGAUUACACACCAAUAAGAAGAGAUAAACAGGGACUAUGAGAGACUUGAGCACUUUUGCUAACACAAGUGUUUAUGUGAAUCGACUGUAAAUGUAAAGAUGUCAUGGACACUGCAUAGACAUUAGUUUAUAUUAAAUUUAAAAAAUCUAUUUGAUAAGAGGUCUACAAAGACAGAUAUCUGAAAAGUAUAACGCCAUGUAUCCCCACAGCCAGGGCUUGACAUGAACAGUGCUACAUACCACAGUGGCCAGCAGAAGUUUACGCAUAUACUGAAGACUUUCUCCUGAUUCUAUGCUACCGUGUUUCUUUCAUAACGUAAAGAACAGGAAAAAUAAACACAACAAAAGUCAAGUAUUAAGAUGUCAUUAUGCAAAACAUCAAAUAAAGUUACUACUGCAUUCUGACGGCUGGUGAGCAAAAAAAGAUCAUGUCAAGCCCUGCCCACAUCCCUAUAAAGAAAACUGAUGUCAGCUGUUGCCCACGGUGAUAAGAAUGAUCACUACAACAAUAAUCCGUAAGUUCUUUGCCAGUUUAGAGCACCGAUGUACUGCAAAUCCGCACGCCUUCAGACCGUUAGACCUCAGACUCCAAAUGGUCAAGUCUAAGCGACAGAAACUUCAAUUGACCAGACCAUUCGUAUGAUUUUGUUUGUAGUGCGUUAUCUUGAAUCGGGGCACUGCAAAUAGCCAGGUUGUGUUUUUGUUAGUCAUGUACUGUUAAGAACAUUCCUUCUCAACACUGAUGUCAGAAACCGGGGUAACAGGAAACGGCCACUGUCUCCCGAGUUAAGACAAGCUAAAUGUAGAUAAGAGGACUUCUAUUUUUCUGUUGCUGAGACCAGAAGAAGAACAUGUCACUCCUGAUCCAUGUAGCAGCCAACCUACAGAUGGAUGGGGUCGGAUGCAUGCAAAACGAUGUUGCAAUGCCUUUUCAAAUCUAUAGCUUGUGCAUUUGGCAUCAGUGCUGCUUCUUAGUGAGAGCUUCAUAGGGCAACGCUGCACAUGUUCUAUGUUCUAUUAGCACUGGAUUUCUUUUCUAGAGUAAGAGGAUAAUGCUCGUGAUGUGUUCAGUCUCACACUGUCAGUGCCGUAUUUAUUAGAUGAUAAGAAAAGAAUAUUAUAUGAAAUAUCAGCAGUAUUUUGUUAAGACAAGCUAAUCAUACAACACUAAUGCAAUGAGUUAUGGACUGUUCUUAAGACUUGGUUUGUUUGUUUAUUAGUGAGUACAGUGUAGUUUGAAUGACCUUCUGGUGCAAAACACAUUUUCUGAACUGUAUUCUUCAUUCAACCACAAAUGUAGCUGGAAGUAGAAGUAGUGUGCAGACUUUUUUUUUGCUGUUUCUCAUGUUAUGUAUGAAAAUGUCGCUCUUUCCUUUGCAAAUAAACAACAGAUUUGGGUACUG